AAAAUAAAUUUAUAUUAAUUAAAAUAUUGUGUUCAACUCACUUAAACACGGCAUAUCAUCCCAUCCCACACCCACCUUUUUGAGUUUCCAUUGUGUUCUCUCUCUCUCUCUCUCUCUCUCUGUGAGUUUCUACUUCAACUUUCAAUACAUUAUCCGAAUUCCUGUCUGCAUAAAUCCGCAACUUCAUCUUCUUAAGUGGCUAACAAGUGGUCUUGGUGAAGGGAAGAAGUAGAAAGCAACAUUCUAGCUGCUUGCUGCAAAAGAAGAGUGAAGCAAACAAUAGAGGAAGUGGAAGCAUUCAUUUAGUUAUGGAUUGGAAUUUGAAAGCACCACCGUCUUGGGAUUUGACAGAAGUGGAUGAGGCAACCUUACCAAACAUAGAAACAGUGGAUGGCUCAACCAGAUUUGGUGUUUACAGAACAAAAGGAGGGGAAUUCUCUGUUGACUUGAAACUUGGCCAGGUUGGGAAUUCUGCAACCGAACCAGUGUUGGUGACUAAUUCAAAUAAGUCCAACAAAGAUGCUGUUGCUGCUGGUGUUGGUGUUGGUGUUGGUGUUGGGGUGUCCAACUCCAAAAUGGUAAUGCAAUCACCUUCCUCAGGGUCAUCAAAGAGAGCUAGAGCCAUUAACAAUGGGACACAGACAGUGUCAUGCCUCGUUGAUGGGUGCAAUUCAGAUCUCAGCACUUGCAGAGACUAUCACAGGCGCCAUAAGGUCUGUGAACUCCAUUCCAAGACUCCUCAGGUCACAAUUGCUGGCCACAAACAAAGGUUCUGCCAACAGUGUAGCAGGUUUCAUUCACUGGAGGAGUUUGAUGAAGGAAAGAGAAGCUGCAGAAAACGCUUAGAUGGACACAACCGAAGGAGGAGAAAGCCACAACCAGAACCAAUCACAAGAGGUGGUAGUUUUUUGUCCAGUUUCCAAGGCAGCCAGUUGCUACCCUUCUCAGGUUCGCAUGUGUUCCCCUCAUCUGGCGUGGUGAAUGCUGGGUGGAGUGCAGGACUUGUUACAUCCUGCGGAGAUGUCAGGCUCCACAGCCACAGCAGCCAGCAACAGCAACAGAUGCACAUGGUUGAUAAACAAGACCUGUUCCUUGGAUCCUCACCAACACCCUACAAUAACAACAAAGAAGGGAAGCAACAACUUGCAUUCUUACAAGUUGAUAACCAUCACCACCAUCAUGCUGGUGCUGCUUCUUCCAUGUGCCUGAGGAACAUGUUCUGUGAUAACACCCUAACAAGCUCGGUUCAUGACUCUUCCUGUGCUCUCUCUCUUCUGUCAUCACCACAGACAACACACAAUCCUGGGAAUGGAUUGAACCAAUUGGUGCCGCAGCCUCACACUCAUCAUACUCAUCACUCUUCCCUGAUGCAACAAUCCUUAGGCCUCAGCCUCCACGAUAGCAGCAGCAUGGAGUCGGUGGACCCGGUUAUGGGCCACAGUGAGACUGAACAUUGUUCCUCAAUGUAUAAUAUGGAUUCUCAUGGAUCCCAUGGGAGUGAUCCCCCUCAACUAUUCCCCUUUCAGUGGGAAUAAAGACUCUGACACACACCCUUUUGCUUGUUUUCAUUAACUUCGAAUGAAUUUUUGAGUUAUCAUUGUAUCUUUAAUCUUUAAAGAAGUUGAUGUCUAUCCCACAAGGAAAAACAUUGGCAUGAUUUUUUUUUUUCUUUUUUGGUUAAAAGCGACGAGGUUGCCACGCUGCGCAUGGUCCACAAUUUACAGCACCUAUUCAAUGUAUUUUAUAAUCUUAUGUGUUUAAUUAUAUUGUGAAUUUAAUUGGCUUUAUAUC